AUGUUGGGUCUGAGGCGGCUGCUGUAGGCACGGACGGAGCGAGAGCGGGCGCGCGGAGCGGGGGCGAGCGCUGUGGCGUCGGCCUGUGUCUGCGUGUGGAGCGGCCCGGAGCGGCGGCGACGGCGGCGGCGCCAUGAGCGGGGGCACCCCUUACAUCGGCAGCAAGAUCAGCCUCAUCUCCAAGGCGGAGAUCCGCUACGAGGGCAUCCUCUACACCAUCGACACCGAGAACUCCACCGUAGCCCUCGCCAAAGUUCGAUCCUUCGGUACAGAAGACAGACCAACAGAUCGUCCAAUACCACCACGAGAUGAAGUUUUUGAAUACAUUAUAUUUCGAGGAAGUGAUAUUAAAGACCUCACUGUUUGUGAGCCACCAAAACCACAGUGUUCUUUGCCUCAGGACCCAGCUAUUGUUCAGUCUUCACUAGGUUCAUCAUCAUCUUCAUUCCAGUCAGUGAGUUCCUAUGGACCUUUCGGCAGGAUGCCAACGUACAGUCAGUUCAGUCCAAGUACGUUGGUUGGGCAGCAGUUUGGUGCUGUUGGUGUUGCUGGAAGCUCCUUGACGUCCUUUGGAACAGAAACAUCAAACAGCAGUGCCCUGUCCCAAAGUAGUGCAGUUGGUUCUGCCUUUACACAGGAUACCAGAUCUAUAAAAUCUCAGUUAUCUCAGGGUCGAUCAAGCCCUCAGUUAGACCCUUUGAGAAAAAGUCCAACCAUGGAGCAAGCAGUGCAGACCGCCUCCGCCCACUUACCUGCUCCAGCACCUGUUGGGAGAAGGAGCCCUGUGUCCACCAGGCCUUUGCCAUCUGCCAGCCAGAAAGCAAUAGAGAACCAAGAGCACAGGCGAGCUGAAGUACACAAAGUCUCAAGGCCAGAAAACAUGAAUGAUCAUCUCAGAAAUGAUAGCAAGAGACAAAUAGUUCCAGGUGCUCCUUCAGCUCCAAGGAGAGGGCGCGGGGGCCAUCGAGGAGGCAGGGGAAGAUUUGGUAUCCGCCGAGAUGGUCCAAUGAAAUUUGAGAAAGACUUUGAUUUUGAAAGUGCAAAUGCACAAUUUAACAAGGAGGAGAUUGACAGAGAAUUUCAUAAUAAACUUAAAUUAAAAGAAGAUAAACUUGACAAACAAGAGAAGCCUGUAAAUGGUGAAGAUAAAGGAGACUCCGGAGUGGAUACACAAAACAGUGAAGGGAAUGCUGAUGACGAAGAUCCACUUGGACCUAAUUGCUAUUAUGACAAGACUAAAUCCUUCUUUGAUAAUAUUUCUUGUGAUGAUAACAGAGAAAGGAGGCCAACCUGGGCUGAAGAAAGAAGGUUAAACGCUGAAACAUUUGGAAUCCCACUUCGUCCAAACCGUGGCCGUGGCGGGUACAGAAGCAGAGGAGGUCUUGGGUUCCGUGGUGGCAGAGGGCGUGGUGGUGGCCGAGGAGGGACCUUCACUGCCCCUCGAGGAUUUCGUGGUGGAUUCAGAGGAGGCCGUGGGGGCAGGGAGUUUGCAGAUUUUGAAUAUAGGAAAACCACGGCUUUUGGACCCUAAAAGGUCUGGACUGGUCAAACUGCUUUCUGAAAGAAAGACAACAAAGUUGCUGCAUAGUCUACAAACAAGGCUUUGAAAAAGAGGUGGAGUUCCAGCUCUUCCUAGUCCUGGAAACUGAUUUCUGUCUUUGUGAAGAAUGAAGAAGUGACUUUGCUCUAUACUUGUCACCAGCACUGGGUUUUGUCUCUUUGUUUUCUGCUUAAUUUCAAAGAUACAAUGCAGUUACUUUUUGGGGGGGGGGGGGGGGGGACUCGUCCUUAAAAAAACGAGCACUGACUAUAUUUGCAAUAGCAAAAGGUUAAGUAAUUUCUUAUGUAUAGUUACACUUGAGCCGUACUUCAGUGGGACUUCGAAGGAUUUUUUCAUCACUAAAUUGUACUUGGCAAUUACUGCAGUUGCCUGCAGAUCAGGCCGUGAUACUGUGUGAGCCACAGAAGGUUGUGUGUGUGUAUGUGUGUGUGCGUCUGUAUCUUUCUCUUUCUAUUUGGAAAUCCUAUAAUAUGAGGUAGCUGAUUUUGUCAAUUAACUAGGGUGCUGGAUGGUAGAGAAUUUUGUCAGUCAACUAUGUACACACAGGUAAAUACUGUUUCUUAGGCAAAGGUAACUUUUUAUAUAGUUGUAAAAUUCCAUUAUAUUCCAUUGCCAAAGAAACAUUAAGAACUUUGUAUAGCUGUAUAAAAAGCAACUAAUUUUUUAAAGAAUAAACAUUUUAAAGUCAGCAAACAUACUGUGUCCUUUCAGAAGUUGAUGUGCUGAGAAGCAGAGUUAUGGGUGGGUCUUUUUUUUUUCCUUAGCUUUCCAGGCUUAAGAAAUUUUUAUUUCUUUUUUAUAAUGUUUGGAACAUAAAUUUGAUACAUUCUUCCACUAUCUAAAAAGGAUAAAUUAUUCAUGCUCAGUGUGUGAACUUAUUUUGUAGCAAAUGCCAUAUCAUAGGAUUUGUCCAAAUAACAGAUGUUUUGAGUAUAUGAAUAUACAUAAUCAUAAAUAAGAAAUGUACCUUGCUGUAUUUUCCAAUAAGCAACCCUCCCCCUUUUUUAAGACAUUAAACUAGGCAUCAUUUAACCUUG